AUGUCAGAUGCUGUUGAUGAUGUAUUGAGAAAAGAACAAGCAGGAUUUAGGAAACAUAGAGAAUGUAUUGACCAGUUCUUUGCACUCCGUAACAUCAUAGAGCAGUGCACAGAGUGGCAGAGACAUCUGUAUGUAAACUUCGUGGACUUUGAAAGGGCAUUUGACAGCAUACACCGCGAUAGUCUUUGGAGCAUCCUACGCCAUUAUGGUAUUCCAUCCAAAAUGGUCCACCUGAUAAAGAGCUUUUAUAACAACUUCAAAUGCUCAGUAGGACACAAUGACACCUUCUUCGAUGUUAAAACUGGGGUCCGACAAUGA